AUGAGGCCUCAGGAGAACACUGGAAUGCCAGGGGCGGAAGACGGAGCGAAAGGGCUUGGGCCUCCCUCGGAGCUGCCUCGCGUCGUGCAGUCGAAGAAAGGGCCGCCAGCAGAGUCGGCGACGAGCACACCGCCAGCCAGGCUUCCCUCGUACGCGGGAGUCGCGACGGUGAAGCCCUCGGCGAUCCCCCCUCAGGUCCGCCACUCGAACGGUACGGCGCCUGGGUCGACACCGCCAGGGCGCCAAACGGACGACGGCGAAGUCGCGCAUCUGCGACGAGCUCUCGAAGCAGCGCGCAAGGAGUCAGAGCAGCGCUUUGCCGCCCUUCAAGACGCAGAGCAGCGUCAUGCGCAACACAUUCAUCAUGUCGAGUCGGAAAGUCGCGCACAGAACAAGAGGCUUCUGGGAAUAAUGGCGACGGAGCGCGAACGCGCGGCGCGGGCGGAGGCGGAACUCAAGGGCACGCGCCAGCUCCUGCAAGCGCGCACCACAGAGCUCGCGGCCGCGCAGGCCUUCUUUGGCCCGGCCGAUGAGCUGUCCGAGCGCGACAUCGCGACUCGUGUGGAGACGCUCAACGAGGAGAUCUUCCAGCUCUCCGCGCAACUCGCUGACAGCGUGCAGCUGGCGACCGUCGGACGUGGCACGGUAGAAGCACAAGAGGUUGCUAGUAAAGCGAUUGGCGAGUAUAUUUGUAAAGGGCUUUCUAGCGGCGAAGAAGACGCUCGGCUGGGUCUGCUUCAGGUAGCCAUGCAGGCUGCUGCUACGCACUGGAGUCAGACACAUAUCCAGCGAUGGACCGAGAAUAUAUAUGUUGACAGGUACGCGAGGCAUCUGCACAAGAUUGUACGCCAGAGCGGUAAGUCUUCAUACGAAUGCGUGAUCGAUGGACUUAUACCUUCAAUAGAGAAACCCGACGUAGCGAAGCGCUGGAGAGUCAUCACACAGAAGAGUCUCCUCGCAUCCGACGGAGAUGAUGAGAUCAAACUUGUUACUUCCCUCUGCAACGCGGUCGAUGUCGUGACCAAGGCGGCUGCAUGCGUCCCGAAGAAUGUCAAAGGCGACGCCGACCUCCAGCAGGCACUCCAAGAGGGAGCCCAGGCCGUCGUUCGCCUGACACUGCAGCUGCGACGCGAUAUCAGCAUUGGUAUCACGUCCACUCAGCUCAGCACCAUUCACCCUCGCCCCGGCCAAGCCUACUACAGCGCGACCAUGGAGGUCGAAGACGCUGCUCAGAAGCGCAAAGGCAGUACUGUUGGGUGCGGUAUCUCAUUGGGGCUCGUCAGAGACCAGGGGACGUCGCAGAAACAUACCCUGAUCAAGUCCGACGUCUUCAUUGUCCCCGAAUAG